AUGGGGCGGCUGCCGGCUGCUGCCUGCCUCGCUGGGGCGCUGCUGCUGCUGCUGCUGCUGCUGCUGCCGGGAGCCCCGGGGGUGGCCGCCUCGCCGGGCUCCUGGGUCCCCCUGCAGUGCAACAUCAGCCUGGACGUCCCGCCGGAGCGCCGCUGGGAUGCGGUGGCCGCCCGCUUCGACCCCGCGCAUCUGCGGGCCGCCCUCUCGCGAGUCAUCGAUUCAGUUGUCCCUAAGUGGGUUCAUGCUGUCAUUCGGCCUAUAGCUGAAGAACUCGAAUUCUACGUCGCUCAACCGUUUGCAGGAGAGAUUCGGGGGCUCUGCAGAGCUGUGGGGGUUAACGCUGGUGAUGGGUUGCUACUCAAUUUGGCUUACGAAUCCACGGCAUACUGCACCAGUAUCAUUGCCCAGGAUAGUAAUGGAAUUAUAUACCACGGCCGAAAUCUGGAUUAUCCUUUUGGAGAUAUUUUGCGCAAUAUUACCAUUGAUGUGGACUUCUUAAAGAAUGGGAAGGUACUCUACAAAGGCACGACGUUUUUUGGCUAUGUAGGUUUAUGGACGGGACAAAGGCCAUACAAGUUUACAAUCUCUGGGGACGAGCGAGAUAGCGGUAAAUGGUGGGAGAACGCCAUCGCUGCUUUCUUAGAUCGUGAUUCACCCGUCAGCUGGCUUGUGAGGAGAGUUUUGAGUGAAGCUGAUAGUUAUGAGACUGCUACUCUUAUGCUGGCCCAGACACCUUUAAUAGCCGGUGUCUAUUACAUCAUCGGAGGCGCAAACCCCAACGAAGGGAUGGUCAUUACAAGGAACAGAAAAGGACCGGUUGAUAUUUGGCCCUUGGAACCUUCGUAUGGAGGGUGGUACCGAGUAGAAACUAACUAUGAUCACUGGAAACCCGCUCCGCCUUCUGAUGAUCGAAGAACUCCAGCCAUGAAAGCUAUGAAUGCUACCGGUCAAGAAAAUAUUACUCUUGAGUCCAUCUAUAAUGUAUUGUCAAUGUAUCCGGUCAUGAACAGGGACACCAUAUAUACCACUGUAAUGAGCGCUGCGCUCCCCGAGAAGUACAUGACACGCAUCAGGCUUCCGGAGUGA